AAAAGCAACGCUGCGGCGGUGCGGACUGGCAAACAAAAGCAGGGAGGCUGAAAUUAAAGCAGUUGGCUGGGUUGCUCACAUGUGACGGAGUUAAAGGCCGGCUGGAGGGUUAUUGAUUGACUGAUAUGCACUCGCCUGUUGAAGGGGAGUUGGGGUUUUGAUGUUGCAACCCCAUUCCCUCGUGAUCGCUGUGUCUGUCGAGAGAGAGAGAGAGACUUUUGGUUUACGACAUAUUACUCAUUUAUGCAGAGAAGGAGUUGAUUGUGCAGAGAUGGCUAUGGUGUGCCUCACGGACUUUGAGGAGUACGCAAAGGAGCAUCUUUCAAAGGCCACCUGGGAUUAUUACGCAGCCGGAGCGGACGAGUGCUGCACCAGAGAUGACAAUCUUCUGGCUUACAAAAGGAUCCGUCUGAGGCCUCGUAUCCUGAGGGACGUGUCAGUAAGUGACACGCGCACCACAGUGCAGGGGACAGAAAUCAGCUUCCCUGUGGGGAUCGCCCCGACAGCCUUCCACUGCCUGGCCUGGCAUGAAGGAGAGAUGGCCACAGCUCGCGCCACCGAGGCUCUCGACACCUGCUACAUCACCAGCACGUACUCCACCUGCUCAGCGGAGGAGAUUGUCGCAGCGGCGCCAAACGGCUACCGCUGGUUCCAGCUCUACGUGUACCGAGACCGGAAGCUGUCCGAGCAGCUCGUGCAAAGGGUGGAAGCACUCGGCUACAAGGCCCUGGUCCUCACCGUCGACGUCCCCUACACCGGAAAGCGCCGGAACGACAUCCGUAACCAGUUCAGGCUACCACCCCACCUGAAGGUCAAGAACUUCGAAGGCGUGUUCCAGGAGGCGAGUGUCCCAGAGGAGUAUGGGAUACCGGCCAACACCUUGGACCCCUCUAUCAGCUGGAAGGACGUCUACUGGCUGCAGUCUCUCACCCGCCUCCCCAUCAUCAUCAAGGGCAUCCUGACCAAGGAGGAUGCCGAGCUGGCCGUGGAGCAUGGCGUCCAGGGUAUAAUUGUGUCCAACCACGGGGGGAGGCAGCUGGACGGCGGCCCGGCUUCGAUUGACGCCCUGGCAGAGAUCGUGGACACGGUGGCAGGCAGGAUCGAGGUUUAUGUGGAUGGAGGAAUCAGGACAGGAAGUGAUGUCCUCAAAGCGCUGGCCUUGGGAGCCAAGUGUGUGUUCAUCGGCCGUCCAGCGGUGUGGGGUCUUGCGUACAAGGGGGAGGAAGGAGUGAGGGAAGUUCUCCAGAUCCUGCAUGAUGAGUUCCGUCUUUCCAUGGCUUUAUCGGGUUGCAGAAACGUAGCUGAAAUCAACAGGAACCUUGUUCAGUUUUCCAAACUCUGACCUGCCAGCGAAGGGCGGUCUGCAAGGUGACGACGACAGUGAUGAUGAUGAUGAUGAUGAUGAUGAUGAUGAUGAUGGCGAUGUAAGGCGAGGUUAUGAUGAAAACAUCAGUACAGCUUUACCUCAGAAACUAUUUGUGCCAGGAAACCACAGCCCAAGAAGCUACUUGCAUAUUUCGAACGUAGCUUCUGCUUGACAUCCGACUUGUAACUAUCCCUCAUUGUAAGAGUGACAGAAUGUUGUGAGAAAGUAGAGUGUUGGUGGAAGAUUCAGCGAUCGACUGAUGAAAGCGUUUUGCUAUGGCAGCAGAGAGGAUGUGGGCACAUAUAAAAACAAACACAUUGUUUUUUGGUUAAAUUGUGCAAUGUUGUUUGAAACGCUGCAGUUGCCUGUGGUUGAAUAAAUAUAUAAUAGUGUACCAUG